AUGAUUGUUUCGAGCAUCUCCGUGUUUUCGAUAAUCUUCCGCUGCCUGCUACUUAGUGUCGAACCUUUGGGUUCAUACGCAUUCAAAUUUCAACGUAGGGAUCCUGCCCUACAAACCUCUCCUUCGAUAAAUUAUGCACCAUUGCGGACGGACUGCCCAGAUAAUCUGGUCUCUCAGCCUGCUGAAAUCACUAUUGCCGAACAGACUUACGUUUCGGAAAAAACCGCCAAUUCUGUACCAUUGUGGAAAGAUUACCUCACGCGCCUCAACUUAACCGGGUUGGACGUUGAAGGAUUCCUUGCGCGUGCCAACAACCAAGGUGGACGUACCGCCGAAACCCUUCCGAACUUUGGUUUUGCCUUCAGUGGAGGGGGCUCUCGAGCCCUGUGUGUCGGCGCCUCGAUUCUAGAAGCCAUGGACGGGCGGAAUGAGAGAGGUGUUCAAGCUAAAGUAGGAGGCCUUGUUCAGCUGGCGAACUACGCAGCGGGCCUUUCUGGAGGGUCAUGGUUGUUGGGCUCUUGGGCUACAGCAAACUUUCCAAGGCUUCCCUUGCUGAAUCAAACAUUAUGGAAGCUCACGGAAGAGAACGACUUGUGGGAUUGGAACAUCGCAAAGCAUUAUCAUCAAGUAGCACGUACUGUCAAGGAAAAGAAAGACGCUGGCUUUCCGGUCAGUCUUGUAGACGUUUGGGGACGAAUCGUUUCCCGGCAUUUUAUCACGCUCAAGCUGAUUAUUAUAUCCAGUAACGAUCCAUCGCAAGGCGCGGCGAGAGAAGGCCAAAGAGUUUUAUGGUCAUCCACUAGAGGUACUCAGGGUUACAAGACUCGAGAAUUCCCAUACAUCAUUGCUGUGAGCACGAGUCGGCCAGGAACCCGUCAGCCUAUCACCCUUUCCAGUCCUAUUUACGAAUACACACCCAACGAUUUUUCAGUAUGGCACCCCGCUCUCAAUGCAACUAUGCCAAUCGAUCAUCUAGGCUCUUCGCCUGAUGGGCGUGAAAAGAAGUCAAAGUCUUGUGUUUUAGGGUUUGAGAACGCUGGAUUUGUUAUGGGGAUGUCAAGCAACAUACUCUCUGUUGGUGAUGCUCCUGGUAAAAAGAAGUUGUUUGAAGAAGUCAUUGACCUUGUCUUGAAAGACACCGACUAUGAGGGACUGGUGCCCAACACAUUCAAAGGUCUAGGCCAGUCGACGAAAUCUGAUGCUGGGAUCUUCCCGGAUAGCAACAUGGACAACAUCCUCAUGGCUGAUGGGGGAUUUGCCGACGAGAAUAUCCCCCUUUUUCCGUUGAUACAACCCUCAAGAAAAGUAGAUGCAAUCAUUGCAGUCGACUCGACUGCCAAUCCAGGUGACACGUCUGAGGAAGCAAAAGUAACAUAUCCGAACGGGACUUCCAUUUACAUGACAUAUCUCAAAACUCAGCAGCCUGGAUAUACUGGAUAUCGCUUCCCCAAGAUACCUAAUGGAAUUGACGGGACAUUUGAAAAGCUGGGCUAUAACAAACGUCCAACUUUCUUUGGUUGCAAGGAUUCCGCCCCAACCCCUCUGGUGAUUUAUCUACCCAACUACUAUUCUGUAGCAAAAACGGACAUACCCUCUAAAGAAACAACAUACACAGGCGCACAAAUUGAUGGAUAUUUUGAGAACGGUUUUGCGAUUGCCACCCAGUCUAUUGGGACAACUCAGGACCCUACUUGGCCUGCAUGUCUUGGCUGCGCUUUGAUUGACCGACAAUUACAGCGUAAUGGAACUCCAAGACCGCCUCAAUGCGAGGACUGCUUUUCACGCUACUGUGCUAUAGAUUCUUGA